GUUGCGACAAAUAUGCAUAUCAUCGGGAACCUCCCGAAAGCGGGGAGCUCCACUGCAUGGUCUACUGGAAACAGCAGCCCGGAAGAGUGCCCUUUCACAUCCAUGUAGCUGUCGCAAAAAACCAACACCUAACAUUCAAAAAAACUAGCCAUUCUUCCAUUCCCCGCCAAAGACGAUGGUAGUUGAGCUUAGCUGACUUGAUUCAAACACAGCACAACAACUACGAAAACAACCAGUCCUCUCUCCCCAUUUUAUUCCCUCUGCCCAACCACACCAUUAAACCCCGGCGCUUCUUCCCCCUCCGCCCCCCAGGCCGCGGUGGCUCAGCCAUGUACCGGCCGGUGGUGAUCCCUCCCAUCCACCACCCGCAGCGAUGGCAGGACUCCUGGCCUCGCCUUCUUGCUCCUUUAACCAUCUGGAUUUGUGUUUCCGUGACUCUUCGGUACGGGUACUACGGGAGUAGCCAUCUGGUGCUGGGGCCAAGCACGUCAAGAUUGAUGAAGGCGAGCUCUGUUUUUGUGAAGCAGGUUGAGGUGAGAGAUGAUGCAAGAAAAGGGGUUUUUCUCUAUGGGUUUUCUGAGAAACCAGAGCUGAGCUUGGAAACAAAUUGGAGCGUGUCGGAUUUCGUUAUUGUUGGAUCAUAUAAUCGCAAGGGAUUCUCCUUGUGGUUGAACAAGGGUUCAAGGAUCCGGAUGAGAUGGAAUGCUAAAGCUAGUAGUUUGAGUUCCCUCCAAGUGUUUUUGAUUAAAGGGGAACUAAAAUAUGAAACACUGCUGCCAAACCCAACAGAUGCUAAUGGCCCCAAUGAUCCAAUUGAUGGUAGAGAAGCUGAAUAUACUAUAAAGGAAGACGACAGGUACCGCAUUGACAUCAUAAACAUGAAUCCUAGAAGCAUAGUAUUUGAAAUGAAUGUAAAUGUUUCUUCGGUAAUGUAUGAUACUACCAAAGCAAAGAGCAUGUGUUCAACCGAAAAUGGAUCGUGUCGGCUCGCUCUUGCCUUCCCCAUUACUCAAUUUGUCAUUUUAACCACGCCCAACAAUGGAGUUCUGGAUGGAUGGAAUGUUGAGCUUUCUUUCGUCGCUCGUGUUGUAACUUAUGUGGCAAUCUUAGGAUUUAUUGUGAUUGUAAUCUUUUUCAUACUAAAAUAUCUUGGAGCCUGUGACGGUGAGAGAAACGUAGAGCAAAGAAUUUCAGAACAAGAAAUAACAGAAAGGGACCCGUUGAUGCCAGUAAAGGAAAUUCGAUUCACCUAUGGCACAGGGGAGGGUCAAGAGUCAGGUGCUUCAAACAGUUCUUCGGAGGAUUUGUAUGAUGGGAAGAUCUGUGUUAUUUGUUACGAUGAGCGGCGGAACUGCUUCUUCGUUCCUUGCGGCCAUUGUGCUGCCUGCUAUGACUGUGCUCAGAGGAUCAUUGAUGAGGAGAACAAAGCGUGUCCGAUAUGUCGAAGGCUGAUUCACAAAGUUAGGAAACUGUAUAAUUCUCAGGACUAAACCUAGAAGCUUGUAUUGUUUGUUUGUUUCGAAAGAAAAUUUAUAUGCUUGGAGAGGAAUGAAAUGGGUGUCAAUUCUUUUCUAGUUCCCAAGUACAUGAUGGCCCAAAUGCUCAAGAACACAACAUUGAAAUAUGAGUUCAAGCCUUCAAAGGGAUCAUAAUCA